AUAAGCGGCAGUUUAGGGUAUUCCAAUACUGCACCAGGCAGAAAAGGUUUCAAAAUACAAAAAGGAAGAGAAAAGCUAAGGCGCUGUAUAUCUUUUCUACACUCAACUAGUGAGGCAUCUCAUAAAACUCACUGUUACGUUCUGUUUGAUUAAAAGUGAUUUAUUUUAAUUCGUAGAGUGUACAUCUCCGGCUCCCCGAAGUCGAAACGAAAAGCGAAUCAGCUCAGCUCUGGAAUUGGCGCGAAAAAUCACCAUGUACAACAACCGCUACAAGGCGGCCGGGAUAAUCGGGCAGGAGACUGAGGUCCAGCCAGCUCCUUCACUCAAACCCAGGACCCCCGUUCAACCAUAUCCGUACUUUCCGUGGCAGCCUAAAGGAGACUGUUUGUCCAGUACUAAGGCGCGUUUGUAUGAACCGAAACCUGUGAAAGAGCAAGAACUGAAGAAGUCUUUUUCCCAGAUGUCCCUGGAAGAAAGGAAAAUCAAGAAAGUCAGUCAAAAGAACUCCACGCGAAAGAAAACGGUGUCCGCGGCGGCUGCUGAACGUACAAACUGGCAACAAACAGAGGAACAAAUGGCGUGUCCGUCCAGCAAACGAGAAAUUCAAGAGCUCGAACCAACAAAUACUACUCAGUUCCAGUCUCCGAGGCUGCCCGCGACUACAGAGCUUAGUACACCGGACAAUCACGUGCAACCCGCGCCACUUGUGGGGCCCAGACCCAUGAAGAAAUACACCGGCAAUGGACAGGCGCCACUAAACAGGAAUCCUACUGGUUUGAGGCCAAGCGCAAUUGACAGAUUCAACCCUUUAACGAAGCCCAGUUCUACAUUGGUGGACACCCCUCGUUUCACAAGUAACAAUCCUACUCUAGUGACCGGACGCCAUUCACCUGUUUACGUGGCUGUACCUGUUGACAGACCCCCCGUGAAGCUCAAGCCCAGGAUUCGUGCCACUGCGCAGGACACGAAGGACAUAUCUACCAUAAACGAGCUGAGGAGCAAACUGUUAAAUGUCGACGACUCGGGAACAUUAGUCACGUAUGCUUUACAGAACCACGAAGAGGACGAGGUGAGGAUUCUUGUCCAGGGUCCGAAAUUGCGCUUUCCUGGUCGCCAAUGCGACUAAAAAUUUUGCACUGACGCCAGCGGGCGAUUAAC